AAGGAGAACUGGUGCAGAGCAUGGCGGUGACGUCAGCGCUCCGCCCGGGCGGCAUUCCGCGCGGCCGAGCCGGGGACAGCGCGAGCCGCAGCGCGAGCGGCAGCGCCGAGCCGCGCCUCCGGAACGUAGAGUAACAAUCACAACCCCACAUUCCGGGCGAGCGCGAGCGCGAGCGGGAAGGGAUGCGAGCCGGGCUGCGGCCGACGUGAGCGCCGCCUGGGCCGGGCCCGGGGGCGGCGGGAGCCUGCCUGCCUGCGUGCGUGCGUGCGCUCCGGGGCCGGCUGGCUGGCUGGCUCGCUCGCUUGCUCGCUCGUGCGUCCUGGAAGCCCGGGGCCCCGAGCGGCUCUCUCCGGCCGUGCAGAGCCCGCCGCUGCCGCCGCCGCCAGCCGAACGGCCAACGCUGCUGCGGAGGGGAGAAGCUCCGGCUCUCCCGGCGGACGCCCCCCGCCCCCCACUCCACUCCACUCCCGCCCGCGGUGCUCCGGGGCGGGGAAGCCGCGGCGUCUUCCAGCAAGAUCGGACCCGGGCACCACACCGGGUGGCACUGAACCCUCUAGCCCGCGCCCCCGCGGGGAGCCCGGCGGGGAGAGGACGCAGCUCCUAGGGGGCCCCCCCCAGGGGAGAGGAAGAGACAGCCCCUUUCGAGCCUCCACGCACCAGCCACUCCGGGGAGGGGGCCCAGAGCCAACGGCGGCGGCCGGCACCCGGCACCCUCGCCCCCUCCCCCUGGGCCCGGAGCUGCCCGCCCGGGUCCGCGGCACCAGGAAGAAGGCGCCUGAACUCCCUUCCCGACGAGACAGCCGCAGGAGGAGGUGGGGGCGCGGCGCUGGCUGAGCUCGGCGGCCGCCCCGGCGGUGGAGACUCGCGCCCCCCUCCAGCCCCUGGGGCAGAACUUUCUCGCCCCCCCCCCUCCCCGCCUCCUCCCUCCUUCCCCCCGCAGUCGGACUCCCUCUGCAGCCGGCCGGUGCUCCCGGAGGAGAAGGCGCAGCGGAGAGCGCCCGGGCGGGGGCCUACCUUCCCCGGGGCCGGCAUCAUGUCGGCGGCGCAGGUGUCCUCGUCCCGGAGACAGUCCUGCUACCUGUGCGACCUGCCCCGCAUGCCCUGGGCCAUGAUCUGGGACUUCUCGGAGCCCGUGUGCCGCGGGUGCGUCAACUACGAGGGCGCCGAUCGCAUCGAGUUCGUGAUCGAGACGGCGCGCCAGCUGAAGCGGGCGCACGGCUGCUUCCAGGACGGCCGCUCCCCCGGGCCGCCGCCGCCCGUCGGGGUCAAGACGGUGGCCCUGUCGGCUAAGGAGGCGGCGGCGGCGGCGGCGGCGGCCACCGCGCAGCAGCAGCAGCAGCAGCAGCAGCUGAACCACGUCGAUGGCUCCAGCAAGCCCGCGGUGCUGGCGGCCGCCUCCGGCCUGGAGCGCUACGGGCUGAGCGCCGCGGCCGCCGCCGCCGCCGCCGCCGCGGCGGCCGUGGAGCAGCGCAGCCGCUUCGAGUACCCGCCGCCGCCGGUGAGCCUGGGCAGCGGCGGCCACGCCGCACGGCUGCCCAACGGCCUGGGGGGCCCCAACGGCUUCCCCAAGCCCAGCGCCGAGGAGGGGCCCCCGGAGCUGAACCGCCAGAGCCCCAACUCGUCGUCCGCCGCGGCGUCGGUGGCGUCCCGGCGCGGGACGCACGGCGGGCUGGUGACGGGGUUGCCCAACCCGGGCGGCGGUGGCGGCGGCGGCGGCCCCCAGCUCGCCGUGCCCCCCAACCUGCUGCCGCAGACGCUGCUCAACGGCCCGGCCAGCGCCGCCGUGUUGCCCCCGCCGCCGCCCCACGGCCUGGGCGGCCGCGGACCCCCGACGCCCGCGCCCCCGGGAGCCCCGGGCGGGCCCGCCUGCCUCGGAGCGCCCCCGGGCGUGGCGGCCGCGGCUUCGGCGGCCGCGUCCUCCACCUCGGCGGCGGCGGCGGCGGCGGCGGGGGCCGAGGUGGGCGUGGGUGCCGGUGGCAAAAGGCCCGGCUCCGUGUCGAGCACCGACCCCGAGCGGGAGCUGAAGGAGAAGCAGCGCAACGCCGAGGCCCUGGCGGAGCUGAGCGAGAGCCUGCGCAACCGCGCCGAGGAGUGGGCCAGCAAGCCCAAGAUGGUCCGCGACACGCUGCUCACGCUGGCCGGCUGCACGCCCUACGAGGUGCGCUUCAAGAAGGACCACUCGCUGCUGGGCCGCGUCUUCGCCUUCGACGCCGUCUCCAAGCCCGGCAUGGACUACGAGCUGAAGCUGUUCAUCGAGUACCCCACGGGCUCGGGCAACGUGUACUCGAGCGCGUCCGGCGUGGCCAAGCAGAUGUACCAGGACUGCAUGAAGGACUUCGGCCGGGGCCUGUCCUCCGGCUUCAAGUACCUGGAGUACGAGAAGAAGCACGGCUCCGGGGACUGGCGCCUGCUCGGGGACCUGCUGCCCGAGGCCGUGCGCUUCUUCAAGGAGGGCGUGCCGGGCGCCGACAUGCUGCCGCAGCCCUACCUGGACGCCAGCUGCCCCAUGCUGCCCACGGCGCUGGUGAGUCUCAGCCGCGCCCCCAGCGCGCCCCCGGGCACCGGGGCGCUGCCGCCGGCCACCCCGACGGGCCGGGCCGCGGCCGCCAGCCUGCGCAAGAGGAAGGCGUCCCCCGAGCCCCCCGACUCGGCCGACGGCGCGCUGAAGCUGGGAGAGGAGCAGCAGCAGCGGCAGCAGUGGAUGGCCAACCAGAGCGAGGCCCUGAAGCUCACCAUGUCGGCGGGGGGCUUCGCGGCGCCGGGCCACGCGGCGGGGGGCCCGCCGCCGCCGCCCCCGCCGCCCCCGCCGCCCCUGGGCCCGCACUCCAACCGGACCACCCCGCCCGAGAGCGCCCCGCAGAACGGGCCGUCCCCGAUGGCCGCGCUCAUGUCGGUGGCGGACACGCUGGGCACGGCGCACUCGCCCAAGGACGGCAGCUCGGUGCACUCCACCACCGCCUCGGCGCGGCGCAACAGCGGCAGCCCCGUGUCGCCCGCCUCCGUGCCGGGCCAGCGGCGCCUGGCGUCCCGGAACGGGGACCUGAACUUGCAGGUGGCGCCGCCGCCGCCGCCGCCGCCGCCGCCCAGCUCCCACCCGGCCAUGGACCAAGUGCAUCCCCAAAACAUUCCGGAUUCCCCGCUGGCCAACAGCGGGCCCCUCUGCUGUACCAUUUGCCACGAACGCUUGGAGGACACGCAUUUCGUCCAGUGCCCGUCCGUCCCCAGCCACAAGUUCUGCUUCCCUUGCUCUAGAGAGAGUAUCAAGGCCCAGGGGGCCACCGGCGAGGUGUACUGCCCCAGCGGGGAGAAAUGCCCCCUGGUUGGGUCGAAUGUACCUUGGGCCUUCAUGCAGGGUGAGAUCGCGACUAUCCUCGCUGGGGAUGUAAAAGUGAAAAAGGAGAGAGACCCUUGAACCACGAGAGCCGCCUCCUUUGCCCCAGACCAGCCCCCCCUCUGGUCCAGAGCGCCCCUCCCCAAUCCCCGUGGACCUUCCCUCCCCCACUCCCCCCCAGAUGUAGAAUUGUGAAUAUAACAAAACUGCAAAAAGUUAGUCUUAUGUAUAGACAUUAUUUUCGUCGUAUGUUUCUAUAUUUUGAAACAAAGGUAUGUUAACUUCUUCAUUUGAAGGAUAAGCUGGUUUGCGUUAUGCAGUAUCCUAUUGGUUGGGUCAUUUGCAUCAUCUUCGUUAGCAUUUAUUUGGUGUCAGAGUGUUUGCUUAGGUACAGAAUUAAUAGCCCUUAGCAACGAAAGCUGCUGGUGUGUAUUUUUGUAAAUGUAAUGCACUCUUCUGAAAGGAAAAAAACACAAAAUGACUUUUUUUUUUGCCAAGGCCAGUGUUGCUGCCUAAAAAAAAAAUAUAUAUGAUGCUAUAAAAUGGUGAAAGCUUCAUUCUAAACAGCCCCAAGUGUUGAAGUCUUCACUUAAUUUUGUUCUGUUUUGUUUUGUUUUUCUUGUUUUUGUUUGCAAAAUGGUAAAGGGGGGUGUGGGGGGGAGCGGAGGUGUUUUUUUGUUGCAAGUUUGUGAGGGAAAAUGUUUUGGUUUGUUUCUCCUGACCUGAAUGUGUUGGAUCUUCACGUGUCGUUUUGUUUUUGCUUUCUUGAUGCACGGAUGCUUUUGAACAGUAGAGCGAAAUGCUAGACCUGGAGAAUCUGCUCUGUUUGUCCUUUAUACAUUUCUGUAGUUUAACAGAACACUGUAAUGUGCCUUGGAGCUUAGUAACUUGUAAUAAAUUCAAUUGAUAUUAAUCCUG